UCUCUUAAAAUACAAGGAAUACGAAUUAAAAAUUGUGAAACGAAUAAAUAAUCUAAUACAUGUGUAAUAUCUCGUCGCCGUAUUAAACACAAGUUUUUACUUAUUUUUUAUUGUUAAAAGUAUUUAAAAGUACGUGGGCCAAUGCUUAAAUUUGAACGCGGACGACUGAAAAUGUGUGUGUAUUGUGUAUACGAAUAAAUGUAUGUAGAAGUGCAUAUUCGCUAAACGAACUCCUGAAAUGUAAUAAUAAAUCGAUUCUGCGUUAAACUACUCAACUAAUGGGAAACGAUUCAAGUAGUACGCUUAUUUUAAGCAAACCCGGAUCAAAACAAGAAAAAUACAGGAAAUCAGCUAGCGUCCUGUACCACCAAUGCUACAGCAUACAUACAAUUGUGUUUGUAUGUAUGCAGCUGCAUCAGAAAAUGCAGCAUGCCAUGGAACUUGAAUGACUUGUGAUGCUGUCCGCACCAUGCAAGCGACCUAAUAUUUUUGUAUAUGAAAGAAAUCGAAAUAAAACAACUGACAAAAUCCUCGAAGAUUCAAAAUGCCAUCAACGUGCUAUGGAGUCCAUAGACGAGAUUGUAAAAGCGGUUGCAUAGUCAGGCGAAACACCAUUUCUUCCAUGGGUAAAUUGGCUUCCUUACAAAUUAAAUUUCACAAAAUAAGUGAUGCUUUGGUGCCGUCUACACUAAUUCAUCCGAUUUCAAUGCCAUCAUCUAAACCAGUGCACAAUAUAUCUCGCUAUAUUGCAAGGAUAUCGUUAUUAUGCAUAAGUUGGCUGAUUGCAAUUCAAUACAAUAUAAGAUUGACCCACGCCGAUCAAGUUGUUCUCUUGGACACCACCAGAGAAGCUACUCUGGAAUGGACACGAUAUCCGUAUGGUCCGCAGGCUCAAACUCCCGGCUGGGUAGAAGAAUCAUUUACAGACUUUGUUAAAGGCAUUAACUGGAGGAGCUAUGUUGUUUGUGAUGUUGCAUAUCACAAUGUUAACAACUGGCUGUGGUCGCCGUUUAUUGAUCGAGGACCGGCCAACAGACUUUAUAUUGAAAUUCAAUUUACAAUACGGGACUGUUCCCUAUUCCCAGGAAAUGCUUUGUCUUGCAAAGAAACAUUUAGUUUACUCUUCUACGAGUUUGACGCUGCAACUCGCGAGCCCCCGCCUUGGCAAACUGAUAGCUACAGACUUAUAGCUCGGAUUGCUGCUGGAGAAGGUCGAUUCAAUCAGAACUCCGAUGUGGAUAUCAACACAGAAGUGAAGAGCAUAGCUGUGAACAAAAAGGGAGUAUAUUUUGCCUUUAGAGAUCAGGGCGCGUGCAUAAGCGUCCUCGCAGUAAAGGUCUAUUACAUUACGUGUCCGGCUGUCACUGAAAACUUUGCACAUUUCAACGAAACGCCUACGGGAAAGGAGAUCACUAUUAUUGAAAAACAGAAUGGAACGUGCGUAGAAAAUGCUGAGCCCUAUGAACCACCCACAUAUCUUUGCAAGGGGGAUGGAAAAUGGACGAUUCUUACCGGCGGGUGCCGUUGCAAGGUCGGCUACGAACCAAACGAUGUCAAAAAAACAUGUACAGAAUGUCCCGUUGGCACAUUUAAAUCGCCUGAGGUUCGGAAAUGUAUGCCGUGCCCACUUCACUCUAAUUCUUCAAAAACAGGCUCAGCGUUUUGCAUGUGCUUGCCAGGAUACUAUAGACAUCCGCGGGACGGUCGACACAUUCCAUGCUAUAGUCCACCAGCUGCACCAACAAACCUCACCUUGUUGUUUGUGGACCAAACAAGUGCAAUACUAUCAUGGAGUGCACCAACUAGGAAUGAAUCGCAGCUAGUUGAAGGCCCGGGCCAGCUUCACAGCUAUCAUAGCGAUGUUGUGUACAAGAUACGCUGCAGCAUGUGCAGCCCAAAUGUAAUGUUUAACCCGUCCACAGAUACAUUUAACGAAACAAAAAUUACGCUGACUAAUCUCGAUCCCGUAACGACAUAUACGGUACAGAUUCACUCUACUAACGGCAUAUCUUAUCUCGUUGACUCGAUUUUUCAUUCAAACGAAACGACAGCAAACAGUGAAAUUGCCUUUGCUAACGCGUCUACUGCAAGCAAUCUGCUUGAUUUGAAUGAAAUAAAGACAGAGCAUGCGGAAAUAAUUUUUACAACUGAAUCUGCUCUUCUUUCAACCGUGUUCAAUUUACGAAUUUUGGCCAUAACCAGCAAAGAUGCCGAUCUGGAAUGGGACAAGCCCUUGCAGAACGAUGCUCCUUUGGAGUUUUAUGAAGUGCGAUGGUUUCCUAAGAUCGAAUUGGAUUCCAUAAAUAAAUCAGCCUUGAAUACAAAGGACACGAAAGCACACAUCGAAGGACUGCUGGAGAGUACAGAAUAUGGCUUUCAAGUUCGCUGUAAAACUAUUAAUGGCUUCGGCUCUUAUAGUAAUAUGAUAUAUGCCCAAACGCUUCAGUCUGUAAGCUCUGUAUAUGACGAUUCUGUCCAAAUACGAUUCAUAGCUGGUGCGAUUGUGACGGGCGUGCUUUUUCUGGUUAUUUUUAUUGUUGCCACCGUCUACUUUAUGCGAUCUAAGCAUCAAGAUGAACUCGAUAAGAAGUCUACAAAUCAUUUGCCUUUACCAAUGGACUAUGCCAGUAAUGAAGUUAAUUCUAUGGAUACUACUCCAAUUGUCAAGACUCUACAUUCAAACGUGACAACGCCCCUGUUUGGAAACAGUCGGAGCUACGUCGAUCCUCAUACAUAUGAGGAUCCUAAUCAGGCUAUACGGGAGUUUGCACGUGAAAUAGAUGCCAACUAUAUAACUAUAGAAGCAAUUAUUGGAGGUGGAGAAUUCGGUGAUGUAUGCCGAGGUCGUUUGAAGAUACCUCCCAACUUUGUGCAGGAUAUUGACGUGGCAAUAAAGACAUUGAAACCAGGAUCUUCGGAAAAGGCACGUUGUGAUUUUUUGACUGAAGCCUCAAUAAUGGGGCAGUUCGAUCAUCCGAAUGUAAUAUAUCUACAAGGAGUAGUUACACGCUCCAAUCCGGUUAUGAUAAUAACGGAGUACAUGGAAAAUGGCAGCUUGGACACAUUUCUGCGAGUGAAUGACGGCAAAUUCCAAACGCUUCAGCUGAUUGUAAUGCUCCGUGGCAUCGCAAGUGGCAUGUCCUACCUGAGUGACAUGAACUAUGUGCACAGAGACUUGGCGGCAAGGAAUGUUCUCGUUAAUGCCCAAUUGAUUUGCAAAAUUGCGGACUUUGGUUUAUCACGAGAAAUCGAAAAUGCAAGUGAUGCGUACACAACACGGGGCGGUAAAAUACCGGUACGUUGGACUGCCCCAGAAGCAAUUGCAUUUAGAAAGUUCACGUCCGCAUCGGAUGUUUGGUCUUACGGAGUAGUUUUAUGGGAGGUCAUGUCCUAUGGUGAACGUCCAUACUGGAAUUGGUCAAAUCAGGACGUAAUCAAGAGCAUUGAAAAGGGCUAUCGCCUACCGGCGCCAAUGGAUUGUCCAGAAGCUCUUUAUCAGUUGAUGUUGGAUUGCUGGCAAAAGCAGCGAACGCAUCGUCCCACAUUUGCCAGCAUCGUUUCGACGCUUGACAACUUAGCGAGACAACCACAGUCAUUGCUGACAACUCGCAAUUCCCCGGAAACAGACGGUUCUCAUAUUUUGGAUACACAACGUGGACAGAACAUGUUCAUAAGCACAGACUUAUGGUUGGAGAAUAUUAAAAUGUCAAGAUACUGUCAACAUUUUAAAGAGGCUAAUUUACUGAAUGCACAACAGAUCUCUAGGUUAACAGCUCAACAGCUUUCGGACAUGGGGAUCACUUUAGUAGGACAUCAAAAAAAGAUUUUGCACCAAGCCCGACAACUGGACACAAUUAUAUAAUUGAUAUAUUUUUUAUUUAGUAGCAUAAACCAUUAAGCUGUACAUAUAAAUAUUUAACACAAGACACACAAAUGCAUACAUUUAUACAUAUACAUAUACAGGCAAAGGACACGUGUUAAAUACAAAACAAGAAAAAACCAUAC